AUGAAUCUCAGGAAAAAUUUAAUUCUUUCAACUAUCCUUACUGGACACCUGAGGUAUCGCGAACCAAACCAUCUCGACGAAAAAGAUAUUCAAACACACGGGGGUGUCCAUGUGUCUACGUUCGCCAUGGCUAGCGUAAUACAGCGUCUCGGGUAUUUAUUUUACGCAGUGAAUCCUAAAGCGAGUCUUUUCAAGCACCCGGAGGAAGUCCCACGUUAUGAGAAUGAGGUGUGCACAGGCAAGCAAAUACGAUCGAACGAAGUCCUCACAUCGCUAGCUAUCGGUUUACUACACGAAACGACUGUAUUUAUCUCCGAGGGCGCCAUCCUGUUGGGCUACGAGUGGCUGUACCAGUACCGCGUCCUGGACCUCCCUUGGGACUCGCUGUACACGUGGUGGGCCGCCUUCUUCUUCGUCGACUUCUGCUACUACUGGGUCCAUCGGGCGAACCACGAGGUCAACCUCCUCUGGGCGGCCCACCAAGUUCACCAUUCCUCCGAGGACUACAUCCUCCCCACUGCAGUCCGCGUGUCUGUCUUCCAGCGCAUGACCUACUUCGGGUUCUACCACCCCCUCGCCCUCCUGGGGAUCCCCAUCUCCUCCGUCAUGGUCCACCUUGCCUUCAACUUCCUCUUCCAGUUCUGGGUUCAUAACGAGGACAUUGGCAAGCUCGGGCCUCUGGAGUGGGUCUUCAACACGCCGUCGCAUCAUCGCGUGCAUCACGGAUCCAACAAGUGGUGUCUUGACAAAAACUACGGCAGUAUCUUUAUCAUCUGGGACAGGAUCUUCGGCACUUUCCAGGAGGAGCGAGAGGGCGAGGAGAUCGUCUACGGCCUCGUGGACCAACCGCAGUCCAUGAACGGCGUCUGGCAUGAGAUCUUUUACUUCGAGAAGAUCUACGAGAAGGCGCGGAGCAUGAGCAGCUGGAGCGACUCCCUGAAGGCGGUGUUCUACGGGCCCGGCUGGGUCCCCGGGGCGCCUCGCCUGGGGGACCCCGACGGCUUCCCGGACGUCAGGGCCCCCCGGGGGAAGUACGACCCCCAGAUGCCCGCCUGGUUCUUGUGGUAUACUUUGGUUCACUUGACGAUCGGCAUCUUCUUUCAGCAAAUAAUGUUAAUUCACCUACAGUCCACAUUAUCCUCGCAUUCACAGGCAUCCUCAUGGCUCACGGUCGCCCUCUUCAUCGCCUUCAACUUCCUGACGGUGGGCGUCCUGGGCUCCAUGUUCGACGGGUGGCGUUGGGCGCCGCUGCUGGAGGCCGCCCGCUGCGCCGCCUUCCUGCUCUACGCCCGCGCGACGCCCAUCUCCGGCGCCCCGAUGGUGGACGCCGCCCUCGUCCUCUGCUUCGCCAUGAGCGCCGUCUUCUGGACGUCGCAGAGCCUCCUGGUCAUUGGCUCGCCCGCGAAAGCCGUUAAAUUUGAAUGAGCCAAUGAGCACCUCUCCCUCUGCCUCGCCGCGAGCGCCAUCUUGUGGUUAUUGCUUCGCUUGCAGUAGGGUUCCUGUUAUAUGUUUGUCUAAUUUUUGA